AUGAGUCGAAUUCAAAUUUUGAAUACGGUUAUGAUGCGAAUUCAGUCAUGUUGUUUUGUAUGUGGCACGAGCCGGAAUUGGUGGAGUAGUCCGGCACGUUCUGAUUCCCCAUACAUUGAUCAUUCUUUCAUUCAUGCUUUUUCUCUUUGGGGUAUGUGUCGAGAAUGUGGUUUAUGUCAUCCAAAUGAAUUAAAGGUUAUUGGAGUUAAAACUAACCCCACAAAGCCGUUUGCGAUAAAAAUAAGUGACUCAAUGAUGCUUGCCUUUCUGGGCUUUAAAACGCCAAAUGAUGCGAAGAUUUAG